UGAAUUGGUGGUUGCAGUCAGAAGUUGUUGUACUCUUGUUUUUAACACUACAACAGGAUCACCAAUAGAAAAAUGUAAGCUAACAUGUAAGUUUGAUUAUUUAUAAUCAUGUACGUCAAUGUAACCCUUUCCUUUUGGUUUGAUACAAACGCGACCAGCACCAUCACCACUAACAGUAACAACAACAGCAAUACCAAUUAUGUCAACAGUGAUGAAAUUUACAUACCAUUGGUACCGUCCAGCGGAUUAUUUAAUCCAUCAAGUUACCUUUUAUCAAGUGUUGAUAAUGAUGUAAAUAAUGAUCCAUACAAUUCAUCCAUUUCUUCCGUUAUCAAUUUGCAUGGUCAAAUUAAUGGUAACACUUCCAAUGAACUGUUUGACAGUUCAUUGCACCCAAAACCGGAAAAAGUUUACUGGGCUUUGUGGCUUGUGAUACUUCCCUUUUUAGCCGUUUUCGGCAACAUUCUUGUUAUACUCAGUGUUUAUCGAGAAAAAUCACUCCAAACGGUUACAAAUUAUUUCAUUGUGAGCCUUGCUUUUGCUGAUCUUCUUGUUGCAGGAGUUGUUAUGCCUUUUGCAGUCUACUAUUUGAUAAAUGUUGAUUGGGAAUUGAGUGAAACACUUUGUGAUCUUUAUAUUGCCGUUGAUGUUACAGCCAGUACUGCUUCAAUACUUAACCUGGUUGCCAUCAGUAUUGAUAGGUUUAUCGCUGUAACCAGGCCAAUUAGGUAUGCCAAACAUAAAAGUAAAACGCGAGUCUCUUUAACCAUCGCCAUCGUUUGGAUUGUUUCCGCAGCAAUUGGUUCACCGAUUGUUUUUGGCCUCAAUACAUCUGCCGAACGGCGACCAGAGCUUUGUAUAUUUUACAAUUCAGAUUUCAUCUUUUUAUCUUCAUUAGGAUCUUUUUAUAUUCCCUGUGUUCUCAUGGUUUUCUUGUAUUACAAGAUUUUCAAGGCAAUCCAUGAUCGAGCCAAAAUGUCGAUAGGUUCAAAGAAUAAGCCCACUAGUUCAACUGAUUCAUCUCAUACAGUUUUGGUUAUUGAAAAUAAAAGUGAAACAGCAAAGCUUAAAGAGAGAACAGGAUUUCUUGGAAGAAAACGAAAUUCCAAUUCUUCUAAUGUUUCUUCUCAUACCAGUAAUUCAGGAUUGGGCCAAAAAUCCAUUUUGCCAAAAAUAAUAGAGAGUGAAGGGUACACAAAUAAUGGAAGUGGGUCAGUCGAAGAUGACGAUGAAGAUGACCGGGAAAUAGAUGCGACUGGAUGCUCUGGAGGUACCAAUGAUCCCCUGGAGUGUCACAUAAUAGCCAAUAAGCAGACAGUUAAUCGGGACUGCUGUGGAACAAAAAAUGAUGAAAAUAAAAACAACAUUAAUAAUCGAGAUAAAGGUAAUCUUUCAUCGUGCCAUCACGGUUGUUUGCCUUCAUCGGAAAUUAGAAAGCUAUCUGAAGACAUUGAUACAAUAGGAAUACGACAAUAUGGCAAUGAUUCCGGUUAUGGAGCUUCAGCUUUUGAAGAGACACCCUUUUGUGUUUACAAUCCAACAGCCGAGAGUGCUUCAAGUCGUCCAAACUCGCCGAAAAACAAAUCAACUGCCGAAGAUGGGGUCGGUUUUGGUGCUAUGGUUACAUCGUCCUCAUCUUCAGGAGGUUAUGGUGAAAGUCAAGAGUUAAAGACUAAUGAUGAAAAAUUAAAUAAUGUUGAAAACAACGAUAAAUUAAAUAAACUGAUUAGUAUAAGUGAAUCAAGUCGAACACCAGCUGAAAAUGGGUUGAAAGGUAAACAACAGCAACAACAACCAGUAAAGAAACGAUCACGUUUCAAUCUUGGAAGGAAACAUAAAACUAGUGCCAAACGUCGUGAAAAAGCUUCAGCCAAGAGAGAAAGGAAAGCAACGAAGACAUUGGCCAUCGUCUUAGGUGUUUUCCUGAUUUGCUGGGCACCAUUUUUUACUUGUAACAUAAUAGACGCCAUUUGUAUCAAAUUGAAAUCAGACGAUUGUAAACCUGGAAUGAAUGUCUUCCUAUUAACAACUUGGCUUGGUUAUAUGAACAGUUGUGUUAAUCCAGUCAUUUAUACCAUAUUUAACCCCGAGUUCCGUAAAGCAUUUAAGAAAAUUAUUGAAUCAACCUUUUCCUCGAGGUGACAGUGUUUCUAAGCUCUGUUUUGGCUGGUCAACUGGUCGACAAUUCUUGAUAUGUAAAUUGGAAUGAUGAAAGUUUACGAGAAAAAGACUAACAACUCAUCAAACUCGUUAAAUUCAUAUUGAAUGUUAAAGAUUUUGGACAACAAUUUUCAAUAAAUGUUUAAUGAUGCACAAUAUAAUCACUUGCCGUUUACUGUAUAAUUGACUGUUAAAAGGCUAUUUAUCCUGUAUAGUAUAGACGAUAUAAACGAUUAAAAAGAUGGGAAACUUGACCCUUAAAUUGAAUACAAUAUACACUGUCAUCUUAUUAGCCAUUAAAAUACUUUUAUAAAUACAA